AUGGCGUCGGGGAAGCUUCCGUGGGAGUUGGAGGAAGAGAUAUUGUGUCGGCUUCCACCUGGAUCUCUUGUUCGGCUAAGAUCCGUAUGUAAACACUGGAACGAUCUUUAUAACGACAAAUGGUUCAUCAAGAAAAGCUUGGGUUUUGCACGUCCCCAAUUCAUCAUCCUGGCCGGAUUCAAGAUUUAUUCGAUAGGAACCAUCGGUCUGGACGUCGUUGAUCCGAAGAUAGAGGCUGAGAAGUGGGCAUUUACCAGGAUCACGGCUUGCAAUGGAUUAUUGUUUCGUGACUUUUGGAACCAAGGGGUUACCAUUUGGAAUCCAUGGUUAAGACAAGUUGGGUGGAUUGAGUAUAAGGAGGACAAAGAUUUCCGUUUUUGCGGUAUAGGAUACGAUGCUGGUAAACCCGAAAAGGGUUACAAGAUCUUUGGGUAUUUUAAUCGUUUCUAUGACACUAAACUGAAAAUCGGCCACAGAUUUGCGAUCUUUGAAUGUGCGUCUCAAGCGUUUAAGUUCAUUGAUUCCCCUGAAUGGCCAACGCUGGCAGGUCGAGGUGAAUAUGUGUCCUUGAAUGGAAAUUUGUAUUGGACUGCUUACAAUGAAGAUACUCGUGAGCAUUUUCUUGGAAGCUUUGAUUUCUCCACGGAAAUAUCCAUGCACUUUUGUCUCCUUCCUUGUGCGAAGCAUGUUUCUGGCUUACAAGAUAAACUUGUCCUCACUGUAUUUAAGGGCGAUCGGUUUGCAUUGUUAAAGCAAUCUCGUAUAUCAAGUAAUACAGAGAUUUGGGUAACAAAGGACAAGAUUAACUCUAGUAAUAACGUGGUGUGGUUAAACUUGAUGACACUGUCAAUACCUGACUUUCCCUCGCUAUUCCAUCAGCUUUCUGAUAUUAGUUACUUCAUCCAUGACAUGACCCUUAUCCUGUGCUGUGACGACAAUCAAACUGGAGUGGGUUGCAUCUUUAUUGCGAGGGGAGACUUGUGCAAGAAGAUUCAAAUAAAUUAUGUCUCUCUUGGGUUUUCUCAAUGUGUCUAUCUUCCAAGUUUGACCUCGGUUCCUUUGGAAUUCAGAUCACUGCAAGUUUAG